AUGUUGUCUCUGAGGUUGAAGACUUUUAGUUCGGCUAAAGCUGCCAGCUACCAUCUGCCAUCCCCACUUAAAGCAGCAUCCAGCCGGGCUACCCGUUUCAACUCGACCAAGUCCAACUUCCACAGAGUGGAUUCGACUGGAUCGAUCAACCCAGCAGAUGCUGCUGAUGCCACGUCGACAAUACUGGCAGAUUCUCUGGAUUUCCAGAAGCGCAUCAUGCCGGAGGCUACUCCCAAUAAAGUGACCUGGUUGGCAGCAUUGAAAGAAAGAAAGAAGCAACUGGCUGAGGGAAAGGUGUUGGACUCUUUUGCUUACAAAACCACCAAAACAUCUGCCAUCACGGAGAGAACAAGAGACGAUUCGUUCUCGUAUUUGACUUUGCCCUUCAAAGACGAUAAGUGGCUUUGCGAUAGUUAUAUCAACGCUGCUGGCAAUCUGAGAGUGGGCCAGAUGUUUCAGGACUUGGAUGCUUUGGCCGGCAGAAUUGCGUACAGGCACUGUGCACCUGCUGAGCCUGUUAAUGUAACUGCUUCAGUGGACAGAAUCUACAUGCACAAGCGAGUGGACGAGAUCGAGAAGUACAACUUUGUUCUGGCUGGGUUCGUGACUUGGACUGGUCGGUCGUCUAUGGAGAUCCAGGUCAAGGGCUACGCCUACGACUCUGAGAUUCCAUCAGAGAUCACGCCCACGUCGUUGCCUCACGACAAAUGCUUUCUCACAGCCAACUUCACCUUCGUGGCCAGAAACCCAGAGACCCACAAAUCGUUCCCUAUCAACCAUCUGCUGCCUACAACCGAAGCUGAGUGGAUUGACUUCAAGAGGGCCGAGUCUCACAACGUGUCCAAGAAGUUAAGAGCUAAGCUGGAGACUCUGGACAAGGUUCCCCCAACUAAUGAGGAGUCAAACAUUAUGCACUCCAUGUAUCUGGCGUCCAAGAAGGUGUCCGCCAUCGAGGAUAAACCAGAGAAUUUGGUGUUUAUGAAAGACAGUGUCAUCAACUCAACCUUGAUGAUGCAGCCGCAAUACAGAAACAGACACUCCUACAUGAUCUUUGGAGGGUAUCUUUUGCGUCAAACCUUUGAGUUGGCAUAUUGUGCUGUUGGUUCUUUUGCCAGAGCUCCUCCUAGAUUCGUCUCUUUGGACACCACCACUUUCAAGGCUCCAGUUCCGGUUGGAUCUGUUCUCUACAUGACUGCCAGUGUGUCCUACACCGAACACGUUCACGAGGCCAACGAAUCCGCAGACUCGAUCUCGAAUUUGAACAGGCAUCUGGAGGACUUUGACAUGCCCGUUUCAGCUAACAAGCCUUCUGCUGACGAGCACGAGUUCAUGUCCAUGCCGGGCACCCUGGUGCAAGCCAAGGUGGACACCACCAUCAGGUCUUUGGAUAACUCUGAGCACAAAGAAAGUGGUACUUUUGUGUAUUCUUUCUUCGUUCCCAGAGAUGAAAACGGUACUUAUGACCAGCCUGGUUACUGCUCUGUUAUCCCACAGACUUACACAGAGAUGAUGGACUAUGUUGAGGGUAGAAGAAGAGCCAUUGACACAGCUAACUAUGUCCAGCAUUUGAAGGGGUCUAGUUCGUGA